GUCCAGUUGGUAUUCGAACGUCAGCAUGAUGUCACUUUUCAUUCUAUUUUAUGUAUUGGAAAAUUUCUAAGUCACACUCGUUACCCGAGACAGGCAACAUAGACAAAGACCAAAGUUAAGGCUAAAACCAACGGAGGGAACGAGGUAGAGUGAAUCGCGCGAUCGAAUCUCUUAAUGGCAUUCCAAACGAAGUAAAAGGUUACAAGACACACCGCGAAUUAUCCGUCGAAAAAUGUACAUCGUCUUGAGGUUACCACACGGCCAAUUCACCAACAAACUAAUACAAAAUGGAAACCCAUGGUUGAGCUGCAACAAAUCAAAAUUGGUGCCAAGCAUAGCCACCUUGAACACAUUUUGCGGCGACAACCGAAAGAAUGAAUGGAAUUAUAAGAAUCAGCCGACUUACUAUCAGACAUACACGCCGGCAGUUACCGCGCGACUGCUCCUUGUCCGCAACUUUUCAGUGACACGUCGCCUAUGUGACAAGGAACCGCUCAAGCCCUCGUCAAAAGUGGAGGUUACAGUGCAAGAGUUGAAGAAAAAACAGGAGGAGUCCGAGCAGAAGAACGGCUCCACAGUUACGACGACGCCAGCGCCCACGACGGUGGUCAAAAAGAGCUUGAAGCAGCGCGUCGUCGACGAGAUCCUUCACUACUAUCACGGCUUCCGUUUACUGUUCAUCGACAUAAAAAUCACCACAGGACUGUUAUGGCGCGUGCUCAAGGGCAAGAGUCUGAGUCGCCGCGAGCACCGCCUGAUGACGCGGACCGUCGGCGACAUAUUCCGACUGGUGCCCUUCUCCGUCUUCAUCAUCGUGCCCUUCAUGGAAUUGUUGCUGCCUGUCUUUAUCAAACUGUUCCCUGGCAUGUUGCCGUCCACCUUCCAGACGGCCAAGGAACGUGAAGACAAAAUCAAACAGAACCUCAAAGUCAAGCUGGAGAUGGCCAAGUUCCUGCAAGGAACCUUGGACGAGAUGAGCGUGCAGAGCAACGAACGCUCUUCGCAGCGGGCGAAGGAGUUCAACGACUGGUUUGUGAAGGUCCGUACGUCGGGCGAGCAGGUCUCCAACCAGGACAUCAUGAAAUUUUCGAAGCUGUUCGAGGACGAGAUCACGCUGGACUCGUUAUCGCGCAGCCAGCUGAUCGCCCUGUGCCGAGUACUCGAAGUUCAGACGUUGGGCACCAACAACUUCCUGCGCUUCCAGUUGCGGAUGAAGUUGCGUUCGCUCGCCGCCGACGACAAAAUGAUUAUGAAAGAGGGCAUCGAUUCGCUAACGCUGGCCGAGGUGCAGCAGGCGUGUCGAGCUCGUGGAAUGCGGGCAUACGGCAUGUCCGAAGAGAGGUUGCGCAAUCAGCUACAGCAAUGGCUGGAUCUCAGUUUGAACGAGAAGGUGCCGCCGUCACUGUUGCUGUUGUCUCGUGCCCUCAUGUUACCCGAAACCAUUCCGACCGAGGACAAGUUGAAGGCGACAAUUUCGGCUUUGCCCGAAACCAUCGUAAAGCAAACGCAGGCCUCCAUACAGGAGAAGGAGGGUAGCAUCGACAACAAAACGAGAUUGGAAGCGUUACGUGAGGAGGAGCGCAAGAUACAGGAGGAGAGGAAGGAACACCGCGAAGAAAAGAAGAAGGAACUCGAACUUGAGGUCAAAAAGAAAGACAAGGAGCAACUGGUGGAUAAAGCACCCGUCCUCUCAGCUGAGGACACUGCCGUUCUACAAGACGCCGCAGCUACGGCCACCGCCAAAAUUCAAUCAACGGACAAAGAGGAGCACCUCCAAUCCAAAGACUUUGAAAUCAUCGAGCAUGCCAUAGACACCGUGUCGAAGGAGAAGAAGCUCAUCGUCGAGAAGGAGGAGAUCGAGGAACUGAAGACCGAACUGCUCGAUUACGAGGAGGACGUGCAGGAUUUGCAAAAGGUGAUGGCCACGCAACCCGAACACGACGUCAAAGAAACCAAAGCGGCCAAGAGGUUGUUCAAGAAUUUGAAUCGCAUGAUCGCCAAACUGGACGGAGUUAUGGUGGAUCUUGAAGCCAAAGAGAAAGAACUGAAACGCGACUUGGCCAAGGAGGAGACCACCAAGAAGAAGGAGGAAUUGAUGAAGAUCGACGACAUCAUAGACGCCAUCAAACAAAUAUUCGCUUUAAAGAAUAUUUCUGAUCAGAACAAGAUGGAUCAAAUUACCAAGGUGCUGCAAAAGAUGGACGAUGACAGAGAUGGUUCUCUUAAAGUCGAGGAUAUUCUCAAGGUAAUCGAAAUCAUCGGCAAAGAAAACGUAAAACUGUCUUCGAAACAAAUCGAUGAGCUGAUCGAACUGUUAGAGAAGGAAGAGAUCCUCGAAGUGGAGGACAAGAUUGAAAAGGCCUUACAGAAAGACAAAGACACCACAACGACGACGACGACAACGACGGCGACGACACCAAUAGCAAAACCGGUAGAUAAGGAAUCAAAUUCGGGAAGCGAAGGUACCGUUCCUCCUUCAUCCAGCUCGAAUUCGUCGAAUCAGAACUGCAUCCCGAAAAACAAAAUGGACACGAAAGGUCCCGCUUUGGUUCCUCCGACUGUUAACAGUAUUGAUAAAAACAAGAACAGUUCCAAAAUGCUUUAAUCCAAGUAGUUUGCUUAAUUUAGGUUUUGUACCGAUUGCCAACGCGUAACGAAAAUAACGUUUUGUGCGCGCAUCUUUAUUACUAAAUUAACUGGCAAUGUUGGUUGUUAUUGAUACAUUUGUAAAUAUGAAUGAAUGAAUGGAAGAUUAGAUAAUUUUUGAUAUAGCAUUACACCAAUCAAUCAACCUAUAACUGAUGGGAAGCAAGUCUACGUUUGUUGUUCAGUUUAAAAAAUGUUCUAUUAAUUUCCCAGUAAACUGAAACCUCACAUUGUUGUUUUGUUUCAUUUAACAGAGGACAGUCGGGUAGACGAUAAAAAGGGGAUAGAUAAAAUAAAUUAUAUAUACAAAGCCGUUUUUCUCAGGGUGACCGAAGGCCACGCUAAAUUCUUAUUUUUCUAAUUUAUUUUAAUAAAUGUGUUGAACACAUUACUUGUUUUUUUUUUGUAAUUUUUAAUUUACGCACGAUAAUUGUGGACAAGUUAUUGUGAUUUAUUGUACAAAGGAUGAUUCUGUUUGUUGGCAGAUAAGUUUGUAAAAAUAUUAUGGUGAUUUUUAAUAAAUUUAAGUAAGAAUU